AUGGCUCCUGCAUCGAAACGCAAGCCCCUUGCUGUGAUUGACAACAUACAGUCCGCUGCACAAGGCGAUGCAGUGCCAGGAAAGCGUGAUGAAGCUGUUUGGGAGGAUGGAGAAGAAUGGCAGCAGCAGGGAGAGCAGGGGAUGAAAGGGCCGCAAGGACAGCAGGAGCAGCAGGGAAUGGAUGGGCAGCAGGGGAUUCAAGGGCAACAGGAUAUGCUAGGAGCAGGAGAGAAGCAGGGGAGUCGAGGAUGCAUGGCUAUAGUGCCAGUGACAGAUGAGCCAACGGCUGUAGCUCUCACCACCGCAUUGAACCCAUCUCCCUUGUCACUGCCACCAGAACCUCCGCCACCACCACCACAUACAGGUGCAGCUCUCAUAACCACCGCGCAAAACCCAUCUCCAUUAUCAAUGCUACCACUACAACCACCACCACGACCUCCUGCUGGUUCAGCAAGCUUGUUCCAAACAGCCCGGGGAAAGCCGGUCCCUCUGUCUUCAGCUGCUGUGGACAAGGCGUGUGCCCUGCUGGGCGUGCAACAGCACGAGAGGCCACACUUUGAUGAUGGGGCUAAUCUGGGGGCCGGUAGUACAGAAGGAUCGACUGUUGGGGCGGGCCUGUUUCAAACAGCUUCAAACAAGCCGGUGCGCUUGUCUUCAGCUGCUGUGGACAAGGCGUGUGCUCUGCUGGGCGUGCAGCAGCAUGAGAGACCACGGUUUGACGCCCCUCGCAUCACACCGCCCAUACACAAGCCUGCAGCUCUGUUGAACGCUCAAGGGCACGCAGGGUCUCAAUUCAACGUGCCUCGAAUCAUGCCGCUCACACAUGGGUCCUCAGCACUCCCGGUCGCUCAAGGGCAUGAGAGGCAGAGCUCUCAUGCGCCUGCAGCAAUGGAGCUUUCAGUGCGGAACUCAGCAGCAGAGCUGACAGUAGUGGCACAACCAGAUGCCGGAGCUGGUUUGGGGAGAGCUAAUCGGGGGGAAGCGACUGUAGGGGCGGGUCUGUUCCAAACCGCCCGGGGCAAGCCGGUUUCUGUGUCUUCAGCUGCUGUGGACAAGGCGUGUGCUCUGCUGGGCGUGCAGCAGUACAAGGGACCACAGUUUGUCGCACCUCAUAUCACACCGCCUACACACAAGCCUGCAGCACUCCCGGACGCUCAAGGGCAUGAGAGACAGAGCUCUCAUGUGCCUUCACCAAUGGAGCUUGCAGUGCGGAACUCAGAAGCAGAACUGGCAGUAAUGGCGCAGCCAGAUGGCGGAGCUAGAUUGGGAGGGGCUAGUCGAGGGGGAGCGACUGUAAAGGCAGGUUUGUUCCAAACAGCUCGGGGUGAGCCGGUUUCUGUGUCUUCAGCUGCUGUGGACAAGGCGUGUGCGCUACUGGGCGUGCAGCAGGGGCCGCCAGCACUGCUGGACGCUCAAGGGCAUGAGAGGCAGAGCUCUCAUGUGCCAGAAGGAAUGGAACUUUCAGUGCGGAACCCAGGGGCAGAACCGGCAGUAGUGGCGCAGCCAGAUGGUGGAGCUGGAGUGGGAGGGGCUAGUCCGGGGGGGGCAACUGUGCGAGCGGGUUUAUUUCAAACUGGCCGAGGCAAGCCGGUUUCUUUAUCUUCAGCUGCCGUGGACAAGGCGUGUGCUCUGCUGGGCGUGCAGCAGUAUAAGGGUCCUCCACAGUUAGAAUCACCCAGGAUCAGUGAAGAACCAGCAGUGCUUCGGCUGAAGGGCGCAGGAGCAGAGCAGACGAGUGCGGCGCAGGCAGAUGGUGGAGCUGGUACAGGCGCAGCGACUAUAGGGGCGGGUUUGUUCCAAACUGCCCGGGGCAAGCCAGUGCAUGUAUCUUCAGCUGCUGUGGACAAGGCAUGUGCUCUGCUGGGCGUGCAGCACUACAAGGGUCCUCCACAGUUAGAAGAACCCAGGGUCAGUGACGAACCAGCAGUGCUUCGGCUGGAGGGUGCAGGCGCAGAGCAGACGAGAGCGGCGCAGCCAGAUAGUGGAGUCAGUCGGGGGGGAGCAACUGUACGGACAACUUUGUUUCGAACCGCUUCAGAGAAGCCGGUUUCAUUAUCUUCAGCUGCUGUGGACAAGGCGUGUGCUCUGCUGGACGUGCAGCAGCAUCAGAGGCCGCGGUUUGAAGGUAGUGCCAGUCUGGGAGGAGCGACUGUCCGAACAGCGGGUCUGUUUCAAACCGCUUCAAGGAAGCCGGUGCACAUAUCUUCAGCUGCUGUGGACAAGGCGUGUGCUCUUUUUGGAGUGCAGCAGCGUGAAAGGCCACAGGGCUCGGGCAGCUCUGCCAGGGCAGAGGAAAUGGUUGCGAGCCUGUUUGACCUGGGGACAGGGGGGAGUGGAGGUGGAGAUGGGAGGAAUGGGGAGGGGAGUAAAAGCGAUGGUAGUGGGAGUGGGAGGGAUGGUGGUGGUAGUGGAAGGGGUGGUGGUGGGAGUGGCGAGGGCGGUGGAACGGGGGAGGGAGGUGGAGGUAUGACGUGGGCAGAGAGUCACCUGCAGCUUCCCCACACACUCCCUCACUCGCCCAACCACCUCCCCUCCGUUCAUCCCCUCCCCCUUCUCUCACCACUCCCCUCCACCCUGUCCUCCUCUCCACCACUCCUCUCCGUUGCACCGAUCACGCAACCCUUCGUACCCCUCCAACUCUCCUCUCCACCCUUCUCACUAAUCCCCUCCACUCCUCUCCCAAUCGACUCCACAACGCUCCCCUCCCACCCUCUCCCACCCCUCUUCACCGCGUUGGCACCCCUCUCCGCCGCCCCUUAA